AUGACCACGGGCUACCUCUGCCCCUCGAUCAUCAAAGGGGGCGAGUACUCGAGCAAGACGGACGGCUACGCCAUCGGCAUCACCCUCCUCGUCUGCCUCACCAACCGGUCCGAGGUGCAGCUCACCGACCGGUGCGAGGACGAGUUCGAGGAGGACUGGACCGACAUCGACGCGGCGAAGCUCGCCGACGUGGCUGCGGGCUGGCCAGCCGACGCGGCUCGCGCUGUCAAGGACCUCGCGCAGGCGGGAGACGGGCAGAAGAGCCUCUGCCACAACAGCCUGCGCAAGAGGCCGACGCUGCCCGAGGCUCUCACGACUUUGCAGGCGAUGCUCUCUGGCUCGCAGAGAGGGGCGGGGGUGGAGGAGGCUGCGCUGGCACCUCGAGACGAGGCCGCCACAGCAGCCGCUCGCACCACCGGCUACGAGCCUUCGCCGCUCUCGGUGCAGGACAACAUGCUGCUCGCCUUCAAGACGCUGAUGCCGCGCCUCGACGCUGUUUACGCCUCGCGCUCUGCGGCGGCGCCCGAUGGCUUCGAGGAGCGCAUCAACUUUUGGCACCGCCAGUGCGGCUUGCCGGCCGAGCUGCGGAACCAGCUGCACUCGCUGCGCAUCUGGGCGAACGCGGCGAGGCACCACGACGCGGCGAGGUGGAGGAGGGACGGGCCGCGCAGCGAGGGGGAGGCGUCGCGGCUCGUGGCCGCGGUGACGGAGGCGAUCGGGGCGCUCGAGGGGUAA